CUUUAGGCACAAGUAAUAAUAAAUAUACGAAUUUUGACCCUCUUUUCAGUUUCUUUCAGAUUUCGGAAUAUUUGAAGUUGGGGUAACAAUGGUUCUCGAGGCGACGAUGAUAUGUAUAGAUAAUUCAGAAUGGAUGAGAAACGGUGAUUACUCACCCACUCGAUUCCAAGCUCAAGCUGAAGCUGUUAGUCUUCUCUGCGGUGCUAAAACUCAGUCUAAUCCCGAAAACACAGUGGGGGUUCUGGCGAUGGCUGGUAAAGGGGUUCGUGUUUUGGUCACUCCUACAACUGAUCUUGGAAAGGUUCUGGCGUGUAUGCAUGGCUUAGAAAUGGGCGGUGAGAUGAAUCUGGCUGCUGGGAUCCAAGUGGCUCAAUUGGCUCUUAAACAUCGUCAAAACAAAAACCAGCAACAAAGGAUUAUAAUAUUUCCAGGAGGUCCGGUGAAAUAUGACAAGAAAGUCCUGGAGUCAAUUGGAAAGAAACUUAAAAAGAAUAGUGUAGCUCUUGACAUCGUUGAUUUUGGGGAAGAAGCUGAUGAAAAGGCUGAGAAGCUGGAGGCGCUUCACGCUGCUGUAAACAAUGGCGAUAGUCACAUUGUUCACGUCCCCCCUGAGUCCAGUGCUCUAUGUGAUGUAGUUUUAACCACACCCAUAUUUACUGGGGAUGGAGAAGGAGGGAGUGCUUUUGCAGCAUCUGCCGCAGCAGCAGCAGCAGGUGGUGCUGCUGGCUAUGAAUUUGGUGUGGAUCCCAACUUGGAUCCUGAGCUUGCUCUUGCUCUUAGAGCUUCAAUGGAGGAAGAGAGGGCAAGACAGGAGGCUGCUGCAAGGGCUGCAGAAGAAAAAGGAGGUGCACAGGCAUCAAGUUCACAUGAUACAACUAUGACUGAAAACACUGGCAUUAUGUCUCAUGGAGCUAAUACAAGCGAUUUGAUGGAUGAUGACACUGCAUUGCUAGAGCAAGCACUCGCAAUGUCGCUGAACGACCAUCAGUCUAUUCCAUCUGGUGGAAUAUCGUUGGAAGACACCGAUAUGUCUGAGGCAACUAAAGAAGAUCAAGAGCUGGCACUUGCACUCCAGAGGUCCACGCAGGGCAAUGCAGAAGCACCUACAGACCAGAGUGAAAUAAACCAGGUGCUGGGGAAUCAGGCAUAUGUCUCAUCAAUCCUUUCUACGCUUCCAGGAGUUGACACCAAUGAUGACACAAUACAAGAUUUGAUUGCAUCUUUACGAAGUCAUCAAGAAAAGCUUAAUAAGGAAUAUGGUGAUAAACCACCAAAUGACAAGUGAUGAUGGGACAAAGGAAGCAGAGUUCUCAAAGGUCAGUCUGGGACUAAUAUUAUCUCGUUGGUAAUGAGGAGUUGGGACUGUGUUCAUAUCCUGCAUUACUUGUUCUACUUUUGUAAUUCUUGAGAGACGGUUCCAUGGAUGCCCUUUAAGCUUCAAAACGGCAGUGUGUAAUGAAUACUUUAUCCUCCCAGCUUUUAUGUGUCUUUUGGUUUUUAUUA